AAUUCGAAGUAAUUCAGAAUUUAGUACCAAUUUCAUUAUUCAUACGCCGCUUCAUUAUGGUCAGGCGAGCUCACAGAAGGCGGCUAGACCUUAUUGGGUGUGCAGUAUAAAGACCCUUCAUGCGUGAUCGUUUUCCCUAACGUUGAACCUGUCGCGAUCAUCUAUCAUGUCCAGUUCCCAAUUCCCAGCUCAAUCUGCGUCUCCUCUCGGUAAACUCGGUGUCGAGGCUGCCCUCGAGGCUGCUGCAGACCCAUCCAUCACGCCAAAGCCCAAGAUCUUCGAUGAGUUCGCGCUAACCGACCGCGUUGGGCUUGUCUCCGGCGGAAAUAGGGGCCUUGGCUUGGAGAUGGCUCUUGCAUGUUGCGAGGCUGGUGCACGUGUCGUAUAUUGCUUCGAUCUCCCAGAAAAGCCAUCAGAUGAAUGGAUCGCAAGCAGAGAUUACGUCGUCAAGCUAGGGAAUAACUCGCGGCUGGAGUAUUUCAGCGAGACCGUCACUGAUCAGCAGGCGCUUUGGAAAAAGACAGAGGAAAUUGGUGAUAAAGAGGGAAGAAUGGACUUUUGCAUCGCUGCGGCUGGUAUUCUCAGGUCACCCAUAGACUGUCUGGAAUACCCGGCAGAGGAGUACAGAGAGGUCCUGGAUGUCAACGCCAGUGGUGUCCUCUUCACUGCGCAGGCUGCUGGCAGACAGAUGUUGCGAUUCGGACGCGGUGGCAGUAUUAUUCUUAUCGCAUCAAUGUCAGGCAGUGUCACUAACAGGGGCCACGCCUGGGUAUCGUACAACACCUCCAAAUCAGCUGUCCUGCAGAUGGCUCGUAGCAUGGCUUGCGAGCUUGGCGAAAAGAAGAUUCGCGUCAACUCGUUGUCUCCAGGAUAUAUGUACACCAGGUUUGUCUCGCGAUUAAUUGCAUUGCAAGCUAAAUCAUGAUGGCUGUGAUAGUAUGACUACAGCAUAUCUGGACAAACAACCGGGCCUUCUCGAUGUGUGGUCUAAUAUGAACCCUCUGGGUCGACUUGGACGCCCUAACGAGUUGCGCGGUGUAGUGACGUGGUUGGCAUCUGAUGCAUCGACAUUCUGUACGGGUAGCGAGUGCGUCGACUUCCUUGUAUUUCUUUGCUUAGCAGUGAAGCUAACUGUAAAAUUCGCAGUAUUGUCGUCAGCGGUGGUCUUCACUCCUGGUAAUGGAGCACUCGAGGAAGAAGGGCGAGUCCGUCCAAUCAUGAGGUCCAUCAUGACCCGCCUCGCAUGUGUACAUUGUACUUAAAUUGAAGAAAAUGUGUUACAUAGACCAAAAUUUCAAAGCAGAAAGCCAUAUCCAUGGGACGUUUACACUUGACCUACAUGUUAUACCACAAUCACGAUUCCUCU